CAAACGCUUAUCACAAAAUCUAUCGUAAGUGGAUUUAUUCCAAAUCCUUCCAAGUAUUCCAAUUUUUUAUUAAAAAAAGUUUGCCGUCGAGUCGACCUUCGCGUAUAUAUUCUCAAGUCUCAACGCUAAAUCAGAGCGACAUAGAGAAAUCAAAAUCUUUCAGCGAGAAAAACAAAAGGAGAAAAGAAUGCAGAUCUUCGUCAAAACCUUGACCGGGAAAACCAUAACCCUAGAGGUUGAGAGCAGCGACACCAUCGACAAUGUCAAAGCCAAAAUCCAGGACAAAGAGGGGAUACCACCGGAUCAACAGAGACUGAUAUUUGCUGGGAAACAACUAGAAGAUGGUCGGACGCUGGCGGAUUACAACAUCCAGAAAGAGUCGACUCUUCACUUGGUCUUGAGGCUCAGAGGUGGAACCAUGAUAAAGGUGAAGACUCUCACUGGUAAAGAAAUCGAGAUUGACAUCGAACCUACCGAUACUAUUGAUCGGAUCAAGGAACGUGUUGAGGAGAAAGAAGGCAUCCCUCCUGUUCAACAAAGGCUCAUCUACGCUGGAAAACAGCUAGCUGAUGACAAAACGGCCAAAGACUACAACAUAGAGGGAGGCUCUGUUCUUCAUCUGGUUCUUGCUCUUAGGGGUGGGUUUUAGUCUUUUCUCUGAGAAGUAACUCAUUCCCUUAUCUCUGUUUAUUUGCUCCAGAGUUUACUUUCUAUGGCUUUGGUUGAGUUCAUGAAAAAAAAAAGUAAAUGCAAUUUGGAUAUGAUGCUUUGACUACUAUUGGUGUGUUUUCAGUCGGUUUGGAUCAUUACCAAUAAUCUUGUUCUUAUAUCGAAUCAUAUUUAUUUGGAUUUGGUUAUUUUGGAUGAAUUAUCUUUAAUUUCAAGAAAAUGGUCCGUAGAAAAUCGGACAAAAGCUAUGUGUUGGAUCUGACCAGACCGAUUGAGGUUUGCUGGUGUAUUAAAACAAACUAGUAUUAAGCAGGG